AUGAAGGAGCUUGUGCAUGAUAAAGAUGCCGAUAAAGCUUAUUGCAGCUGCAAAGGAUUUGAAUUUUGGGGUAUUCCGUGCCGACACAUCCUAGCAUUUUUAAGAAUGAAGCAGGUGGAGCACUUACUAGACAAUUACAUAGUGAAACGAUGGCUUCAAAGUGUAAAGUGCGGUGUAGUAUAUGAUAAGAAUGACAAAGAAGUUAAAGAUUGCGUGGACGGUUUGGUUUUGGUUAAGAGAUCGAAACUUGGCAAAGUUGCAGUCAGAAUGAAGGAUCCCCAUCGAGUAAAAGCAAAAGGGCAUGCGAGAAGAGUGAAAGGACAAAAAGAGAAGGCAGCAGAAGGACAUAAACGACGGUGCAGUGAAUGUAGGAAGACUGAUCAUGAUAGACGCUCUUCAUCUUCCGACGCAGAAGUUGGUGCUGCAGUUGAUGAGAAUUCGCAGCCCAGUCAAAGCACGCAGGACAGGGAACCUACUAUGACAUAG